GACAAGAUAAAGAUCAGAUUUCAAAAUUCAAACAAACACCGCUGAGCCAACAGAAGGGGGGCCUUUCCCAGCAGUGCAAAGAUCCCAACAAGAGCGGUUGAUCGCAGACACCCCAUGGGCAUGAAGAAGGAUUUUGCAGCGAUGAGGUUUGGCCUCUUCUUCUUCGCCUUUUGCCACGGGGUGCACAGCGACGUCCUUCAGCUGGAGAGAACGUAUGGGAGGUUUGCAUCUCCCGACUUUCCAAACGUAUACCCCAACGGCAAGGAGAGGACAUGGAACAUUACCGUGCCCAGCGGAUACACCAUCCGGAUCUACUUCACCCACUUCAACGUGGAGCUGUCCUACUUAUGUGAAUACGACUACGUGAAAUUGCAUUCAGGGGGGAAAGUCUUGGCCACCCUGUGUGGACAUCAGAGCACCGACACCGAGGAAGCUCCAGGAGACAAGACGUACCACUCGGUGGACAACAACCUCGCCGUGACCUUCAGGUCGGACUACUCCAAUGAGAAGGAGUUCACCGGCUUUGAGGCCUUCUAUGCUGCUGAAGACAUUGACGAGUGCAAACAGGAACCCGACGCUGAACCAAUCUGUGACCACCGUUGCCACAACUACCUGGGCGGCUUUUACUGCAGCUGCCAAAUCGGCUACCGGCUCCAUCGAGACAAAAAAAACUGCACAGCGUGAAAUCAAUAAAUGCGCUUCUGCACGACUUAGGCCGAGACAGAGCUAGAUGCGCCCGGCGUUCCUUCCCGAACCGCCCACAGCUUCGCACCACAGUCCUACAGAGCGCUAUGCUCAAUCAGUGACUAGCGUGGGUCUUUUCUAUUUCCCUCCGGCCUAGGUCUGCCUCCUACGGUUAAUAAAAUGGCUUUCUCUUUGCCUUCCAAGCUCUUUGCAAACCUGCUUCGCUUUGCAACGCCCUCCCCCGAGCCCCGGGAGAAACAUGUAUUGCCAAUAAAAGGCAAAGGGCUGAUGAGAGGAACCGUACAGUCGUAGAACGACAGGCUGGAAUGGUCCAGCAGAAUUCACAGGAUCCUGCCUACCAGUGUCAUCCCAGAGGGGGGGAAUCGCGUUUGUUUACCGUCGCUUCUCCGCCCAUGCGUUCGUCCCUCAUUACUUCCUCUUUCGAAAGAGGAAGUAAACAACGCGCACACGGCCCAUUCAGGGGGCCAUUUUGAUUGCGUUGCUUUUCCUGCACACGGCAGAAGAUAGUGGCAACUCCCAUCUCAAAAAAAUACAUCAGACUUACUGGGGUGUGUUUUUGUAACGCAAAGAAGGCUAGAAGUGAGCUUCCAUGGCCAAGUGAGGACUAGAACCCAGAUGUCCCAACUCCCAGUCCAACACUCCAGCUGCUGCACCUGAUCCUGCAUCUCAGUUCACUCUUAAAAACCAAAGCAACGUCAGUUCGCUUCCCUUUGACUUCGACUCCUAGUUCCUGCUUCGCUUCGCUCUUCCAGUUGCUCAGCAAUGUAAUUUACAGCCCGCUGUUAAUUCCAGACCUAAUGAUCCGGCCAUCAUGAGUUCACAAGUUGAGAGGGGCUCAUUUCUCAGAGUUCAGGUCUCUUGUGGGCAGUGCCCGUGUAUCUGUAAUAAAAAUAAAGACCAAAGUAUAAUUGAACGCUCUCCCGGCGGCCCUAAAGCUCAGUUGGAGUUUAUGGCCAAGCACCACAUGAAAAAUUGUCCCAUUUCUCUUGCGCAAGCCUUUUUUUUUUCUCUUUUCUUUUUUAAAUGAUUUUAUAGAUUUUUUGCACUUACGGAUCUGCGGGGGGAAAAUACAGCCCUUAAUAAAGGCAGAUCCCUGUGGUCACAUAUAAAGAGAUAUAAAAUGUAAAAGAAGAACUAAUUCUGAAAUGCUCCACUGUCAUGACCACGACUGUCUGUUCUCACAACUUAAUAGCCCCUGUGCACUUUUUCCUCUUCGCCCCAUCAAUUGCUACAUAAAAUGCUCUGGAGAACAUGGGCUGCAUAAGUGUCACAGACACAUAUUAGAUACUAUCAGUGAUACCACGGGCGCUGAUUGGAUAAUGCCUGUGACGCCAUGGGUACUGAUUGGAUAAGGCCCGUGACACCUCAGGCACUGAUUGGAUAAUGCCUGUGACGCCACGGGUACUGAUUGAAUAAGGCCCGUGACACCUCGGGCACUGAUUGGAUAAUGCCUGUGACGCCACGGGUACUGAUUGGAUAAUGCCCGUGACGCCACGGGUACUGAUUGGACAAUGCCUGUGAUGCCACAGGCACUGAUUGACACAACUCGAUUCCCAUGCCUGUGCUAUGGUGUGAACUUUUACCAAACAUUUAUUUCCUUUGUGGCUUGAAAACCCCACAAUUUUACGACACAAUUCUCUUGCACUAAACCCCUGAAGUGCCAAAGUUCUCAUGUAGCUUUGUAGGAAAAAUGCAAAUGUGAUGAACACCAGCAGGGUUGCUCCCUUCCCUGCGAUAUCCAACGAUGGGCCUUGACGUUUUGUGACUGUUUUCCCUACGUUCUGCUCAAAUCUGGUCUUCUAGCCAUGGUACAGCUAGGUAAUUUUAAACCAGUGUUGGGGACACA